GAUAUAAAAGUGGACGCUCAGUUGCAGGGAAACAACUAAAGUCUUUGUCCAGCGGCCGAACGACAAGAAGACAGCAGGGAGAGAGAGACAGGUCAGUGUGGAGAAUGCAUCCUGUGUGGCUAUUGGUGGCUGUGACUGUGGUGGGUGUGGUCAGCGGAGACGACAACCAAUGCUGGGAGCAUCCGAGCUGUCAGGAGGUCAACGAUGAGAGCAGCAUGAUGGAGUGUAUCCAGCUCUGUCGGCCUGACCUCCCCGUCGAGGCCUCCUCCUCCGCCCCUCAGGCCAAGCGCUCCUACUCCAUGGAGCAUUUCCGCUGGGGAAAGCCCGUCGGACGAAAGCGUCGCCCGGUCAAAGUCUACACCUCCGAUGGCGUGGAGGAGGUGUCGGCCGAGGCGUUCCCUGAAGAGAUGCUCAGGCGGGAGCUCCCAGCAGCGGACGACCAGGAGACGGUGGCAGCGGGGGAGCAGGAGAAGCUCCAUGAUGUCCACGAGAAAAAAGACAGCACCUACAAGAUGAAGCACUUCCGCUGGAGCGGCCCGCCGGCCAGCAAACGCUACGGUGGCUUCAUGAAGAGCUGGGACGAACGCCACCAGAGGCCGCUACUCACACUCUUCAAAAACGUCAUCAAAGACGAAGGACGGGAGACAACGGGGGACCAGGCGGGAGAGAUCGGAGCGAAGAGAUAGAGUGAAGAUGAGAGAGAGAGAGAGAGAGAGAGAGAGAGAGAGAGAGAGAGACCAAACACAGAAGAUGUCCUUUUCUCCCCAAACAGCUCGAGUUGUUCCCUGAACUGAAUCUGUUCACUUCUUCACAUUCACUGCAACUAACUGUUGUUUUCAUUCAUUAAAACCGACGACACAAAGAUCUACAGGUGGAAAGUGAAGAUAUCAAACUGAGAAAAGCUUUAAAUUCCUUCACAGUCGACGUGUUUCUGCUUGAAAAGUGACUUCAAUUAUUAAUCAACCAUCAGAAUUGCUGCCGAUCAGUUUUCUUCGUGAUUAAUUGAUAGUUUUGGCUGCACGAUGUAUUUUCAGAUGUGGGAGGAGCUUCGUGUCUGGACUUUCUGAGUUUGGAAAGUUAAACUCUCGACAAACGCCAGAUGUUACUUUUAGCUUUGCUCGUUGCUUAUUUAGUCAUAAACGUGUGUACGUGUAAUGUGUUAAAGAAGUUCUGUGAGAACAUGUAAAAACACAAACAAUAAAAAAGUUGAAUCAUG